AUGAAGGAGCCGGAUGCCAUCAAGCUGUUUGUGGGGCAGAUCCCGAGGCAUCUGGAGGAAAAGGACCUGAAGCCCAUCUUCGAACAGUUUGGUCGGAUCUUCGAGCUGACUGUCAUCAAGGACAAGUACACGGGGCUGCACAAGGGAUGUGCCUUCCUGACAUACUGUGCCCGCGAUUCAGCCCUGAAGGCCCAGAGCGCCCUGCACGAACAGAAGACGCUGCCAGGGAUGAACAGACCAAUCCAGGUGAAGCCAGCCGACAGCGAGAGCCGAGGAGAAGACCGGAAGCUCUUUGUGGGGAUGCUCGGGAAGCAGCAGACAGAUGAGGACGUCCGGAAGAUGUUCGAGCCUUUUGGGACCAUAGACGAGUGCACUGUGCUGCGGGGGCCAGAUGGCACCAGCAAAGGCUGCGCCUUCGUGAAGUUCCAGACCCACGCCGAGGCCCAGGCAGCUAUCAACACCCUGCACAGCAGCCGGACCCUGCCGGGCGCCUCGUCCAGCCUGGUGGUGAAGUUCGCCGACACGGAGAAGGAGCGAGGUCUCCGCCGGAUGCAGCAGGUGGCCACCCAGCUGGGCAUGUUCAGCCCCAUCGCCCUCCAGUUUGGAGCCUACAGCGCCUACACCCAGGCCCUGAUGCAGCAGCAGGCGGCCCUGGUGGCGGCUCACAGUGCCUACCUCAGCCCCAUGGCCACCAUGGCUGCCGUGCAGAUGCAACACAUGGCCGCCAUCAACGCCAAUGGCCUCAUCGCCACCCCCAUCACCCCGUCCUCAGGAACCAGCACCCCUCCUGCCAUCGCUGCCACGCCUGUCUCGGCGAUCCCUGCCGCCCUGGGCGUCAACGGCUACAGCCCGGUGCCCACCCAGCCGGCCGGGCAGCCUGCUCCUGAUGCUCUGUAUCCCAACGGGGUUCACCCCUACCCAGCCCAGAGCCCCGCGGCCCCCGUGGACCCCCUGCAGCAGGCCUACGCGGGGAUGCAGCACUACACAGCAGCCUACCCAGCAGCCUACAGCCUGGUUGCGCCUGCGUUCCCGCAGCCUCCUGCCCUGGUCGCCCAGCAGCCCCCGCCCCCACCCCAGCAGCAGCAGCAGCAGCAGCAGCAGCAACAGCAGCAGCAGCAGCAGCAACAGCAGCAGCAACAGCAGCGGGAAGGCCCUGACGGCUGCAACAUCUUCAUCUACCACCUGCCCCAGGAGUUCACGGACUCGGAGAUCCUCCAGAUGUUCGUCCCCUUUGGCCACGUCAUCUCAGCCAAAGUCUUUGUUGACCGGGCCACCAAUCAGAGCAAGUGUUUUGGCUUUGUGAGUUUCGACAAUCCGGCCAGCGCCCAGGCUGCCAUCCAGGCCAUGAACGGUUUCCAGAUUGGCAUGAAGCGCCUCAAAGUCCAGCUGAAGCGGCCUAAGGAUGCCAACCGGCCCUACUGAGGGCCCCAGGUCGGGACGCCACAGGAAGGGGCUCAGCCCGGCCGGCCCUCUCCGCACACCUCUGGGCCUCCACUGGGCUCUGGGGGACAGGACACACCCACUCCUGCCACCGCCUCUCCGCAAGGGCCCGUUUCCUCCCAGGUGCCCUCUGGCCUUUGUGAGGGAGCGAGGGACAGGCCUGAAGGCUCGGGGUACCUGCCUUCUGCGGGGGCUCCUGUACCGGGCCUCCUGCGCCCAGCUUUCGCACCCGCGUCCCCCCCAGGGGCCUGUUCUAGCUGAG